AAAAAACAGUAGCAUAAAACCCCUUCUCGUUAACGGAGAUGCCAUUUCUUAGCUCGUCUGCUACUUCGGAAGCUUGCUCACAGAAGCUCGGCCAUGGCGAUAAGAGUAAACCCGUUAAGUUUGAUCCUCUGCAUCUCACUCUUCAUCGCAUCUUCACAUUCUCAGCAGCUUACCACCACUUUCUACCAGAAAUCAUGUCCCAGAUUUGAACAGAUAAUGCAGGACACCACCACCAACAAGCAGAUCGCCUCACCCACCACCGCCGGCGCAGCUCUACGCCUCUUCUUCCACGACUGCCUCGUCGAGGGCUGUGACGCCUCCGUUCUUAUCUCCUCCACUCCUUUCAAUAAGGCCGAGCGUGACGCCGACAUCAACCUUUCCCUUCCGGGAGACGGCUUCGACGUCGUCGUCCGUGCUAAAACCGCCCUCGAGCUCUCCUGCCCUGGAGUUGUCUCAUGUGCUGACAUCCUCGCUGUCGCCACGCGCAACCUCGUGACGAUGAUGGGUGGGCCAUUCUACAACGUGAAACUCGGCCGGAGAGACGGAGUGGUGUCCAGAGCCUCACGCGCCGAACUAAUCCUCCCGAAACCAACCAUGUCCAUGAAUCGAAUCAUCAAGAUCUUCACAUCCAGAGGGUUUUCAAUCCAGGAAAUGGUGGCAUUAACCGGCGCCCACACCAUCGGAUUCUCUCAUUGCAGUGAAUUCAGCUCAGACAUUUACAAUUACAGCAGAACAGCACAGUCCGAUCCGUCUUAUAAUCCAAGGUACGCCGCCGGGCUAAGAAAUGCAUGUGCCGAUUACAAGAAAAACCCAUCGUUAUCGGUGUUUAACGACAUAAUGACCCCACGAGACUUCGAUAACUCGUACUAUAAAAACUUGCCCAGGGGAUUGGGGGUUUUGAGAUCGGAUAGGGCACUCACAAUGGAUGCUCGAACAAGGCCGUUUGUAGAGUUGUAUGCAAGAGACCAGAAGAAGUUCUUUGAGGCAUUUGGUCGAGCAAUUGAGAAGCUCAGUUUGUAUGGUGUGAAAACUGGCCGGAGCGGACAGAUCCGCCGUAGGUGUGACUCCUUCAACUAAAUCAGAUUUCUGAGCCCAUAUAUUAAUUCUAUUAAGAGUUUUGUUUUCUAUUUUUGGAGAUUUGUAAACUAUUAAAACAAUUUUCUGUCAUAAUUCAUCAAGAUACCCUUUCUUCCUUCA